UUGCAACAGUAUUGAACUAUAUAAUGACACGUAAUUAUUCAUCAACACACUUCCACGUUGACACUUGACUAAUCAAGUCGUGGUGUCUGACAAAAUGUUCUCAAUAAGAUUUAUCAUAUUUGGCGCCGUUAUAGCUAGCUGUAAAGCUAGUGGAAUAGGCCAUCUGAUACCAGCUGUAAAGUCGAUACCCAUAGUUCGAUAUGCACCAUUCUAUAAUUUCCCUAGCCCAGUGCGAUCGAUACACGCAAUUGCGCCCGCUGUUCCAGCAGUUGCUCCGGCACCUGUUUUUCCUGCGCCUGCACUACCUGCCUCUGUAGUCCCUGCUCCAUUAGCAGCACCGGUAUUACCAGCUCCAGCGAUUGCUCCCAGUUUACCGGCGUUUGCACCAGCACCGGCAUUACCCGUCCCACCUGUAGCUCCAGCUCCAUUCUUCGCCCCUGCUGUACCUCGAUUUGCUCCAGUAGCGCCAGCGCCGGCUCUGUUCCCAGCACCGAUAGCUCGAGCUGUCCCUGCCCUUCCAGCUGUACCAUUCUCACCUAUAGUGAGACCUGUAGCACCGGUGCCGGUAGCACCCGCCUUACCAGCGCCAGUGUUUGCGCCUGCCUUUGCUCCUGCGCCAGUCGCCUUACCUAAAGCUGUACCUGUUAUAUCACCGUAUGCCAAUCAUCUAUACGGCAAAUUUUUGGCACCAGCACCAGUAGCGCCAGCGCCUAUUGUUAAACAAUUAUGGUGGAAGUGACUCUAGUCUUUAAAUUAAACUGUUGUUAGGUUGGUACAUUACUUGUUAUUUUUUAAGUA